CAGACGAUCGAAUGACGUAGCGCGCCGCUGCCGUGUUUGGCUGUGGUCGAAGCGAGGACGCCAGCAGCGAAAGGAUCAGGGAAACCUCUAGCAUCGUAGAUAAAACACCCCGAAGAGGUGGGACGCCAGUGGGUACGGUUGUCACAAUACCAGGAGAACGUUAAGAAAAAGAGGCCCGUUUGAAGCCUCCGCACAGCGAGGGUCAACAUGUCUGAGACGUACGACUUCCUGUUUAAGUUCCUGGUGAUUGGCAGCGCUGGGACGGGGAAAUCCUGCCUCCUCCACCAAUUCAUUGAGAACAAAUUUAAACAGGACUCCAAUCACACCAUUGGCGUGGAGUUUGGAUCCAGAGUGGUCAACGUUGCUGGAAAGACAGUCAAACUGCAGAUCUGGGACACUGCUGGGCAGGAGCGAUUCCGCUCGGUAACACGCAGCUACUACAGAGGAGCAGCCGGAGCGCUUCUCGUCUAUGAUAUUACCAGUCGGGAGACGUACAACGCCCUAACCAACUGGCUGACAGACGCACGGACUCUAGCCAGCCCCAACAUUGUGAUUAUCCUGUGUGGAAACAAGAAAGACCUGGAUGCCGACAGAGAAGUGACCUUCCUGGAAGCGUCGCGCUUUGCGCAGGAGAACGAGCUGAUAUUCCUAGAGACUAGCGCUCUGACGGGAGAGAAUGUCGAGGAGGGUUUCCUGAAGUGCGCUCGCAUCAUCCUCAACAAGAUCGAUUCAGGAGAGUUGGACCCGGAGAGGAUGGGUUCAGGUAUCCAGUAUGGAGACGCUUCGUUGAGGCAGCUGCGACAGCCAAGAGGCACCACCACGCAGAAUAAGCAGCAGUGUAAUUGCUAGGGGUCGGGGGCCCUGCCCUCACCUCCGCCCACAGGCCCACACAGACGGGACGCUCCCUCCAGCCCUGGGUGUUUUUUGGUGUGUUAGACCCAUCGCCGUGCAGUUUCACACACCCUGGAUAGGUGGUUAUCGAGAUCACUGCAACCCUUGACCUCUGACCUCUGGUACCGCCCCCACUCCCCCUGUGUCUGGGCAGGGAAACGCCUCAGUGAGCGGACGCUGGGAUCAUAAAGUAAAGCCACCGGACCAGGCAGAGUCCCGGGUUGUGUGUACGGGCUCCCCUGCUGUUGUUUUACCUUUGUGCUUUUCAUUCUGGUUUUAUUAUCACUUACAUGCUUUCUAUGUUUGCACAUUGUUCUGUAAAUUAUUAAUGGCAAACUAUUUUGGGCAUAUUCAUUGUUCAACCUGAAUAUGAUUUCAAGAUAAGUUUGGUUUUGGCUUCUGAGUUGUAAUAUCCUUGAAGGCACUCGUUGAUUAGUACUAUUCGUUACUUGAGUUAACUUUCACGUGGAUUCAGACAUUGAUGUUGACAAUUAAGUUUUUAUAUAUUGAAUGAAGUUGACUUGUGCACAUUGCGGAUAAGAAUUCAUCUACAAUAUGUCGAAAACCACACACAAUGUAAGUCAUUGGUGAGGUUUCUCCAGCUGUAUUUUUGUCCUGAUCCAAAGUGAAGCAGCUGCUCAGUGUUUAUACAUAGUUUUAUUUGAUUUAUUCGAAUUUGUACAAGCCCAAACGUAAAGCCCAGUUCUUUUACUCAUUCUAAGACGUGUGUUCUGUUGAGACAUUUGACCAUUUGGUUUGGAUUCAAAUGCACCACUAUAACAUAGUGUUGGCUUGAGUAAAAAAAAUUGAUAUUGUCAACCUACGGUGUAUAAUUAAGAAUUACCGUGUCUCUACACUUUUGGAGGAAAUGGUCCAAUCACGUCCUUCGACAUCCACAUGAAAGUCUUGUGGGUCAGGUUUGAAGCACAAAACGUCACUAUGUUUCUCAAGUUCCGGCCUGUAAAUUUACAUAAUCAGAUGUAUCGAAUGGUCGCAUGCGUCCAGUGUCUCUGGUCCUAUCCAGUGUAGGUGAAGACAGGGUCAUAAUUAUUGGCAUAGGUAAAAUGUUCGACCGCUCAUGCUGGGCUCCUUUUUAAUUUACGGCGCACAUUCUGUGUCGGGGGCGUCACAGGAAACAGUUUGCCUUCGCGCCAUGUGUGGGGAAACUUUCCGCCCACUCGCUUCUCUCAUGGAGGUUUGACACUGUUGUCGUGCAAGGUUGUAAGUGCGUCCUGGUGAGUGCAGGAACGCUGUUUUUAACCUUCCAAGUACUUCUCUUUGUCGAGCAAAGAAGCAGCAGCUCUGCUACAGCGUUUGCCGAGUCCGCCCAGAUGUUUUCUCCUUAGAACCGACCCCGCGUUUCCCCGGAGAGAAACAGGGAGUUUCCACUCUAGCAUGGGUUCCUUUUUUCCGGUGUGGCCAGUGGUGCCACCAGUGGAGAACGGGGGUUGCAAGUUUAUAACAUAAAAACAUCCUGUCCUGCAGUCGAGUGGAAGGCGCUGUGCUUCUGUCAGAAUCACUGAGAGCAGGUCGCCCCGGACACCAGGAUCCAAACUAACUACCCGCGGGUCUUAUUUCCCCGGUCUUCUCCCCGUGUUGGCACGUGGCCUCACAGGCAAACCAAAAGCGUUUUUUUAAGUUCAAAAAGGCAGCCGUGCAAACAUUAUAGUACACAAUAACAACAGACAGAUCAUUUUGUUUUUUUGUUUUCUCAUAAAAUACUGGCAUGUGUGAUAGUUCGUCUCCUUCUGCAAGUGCACUUUUACUUUUUAAUUUCCUGUUUUCUUUUGUGUCUAUGCUGCAACUAUAGAAUUGUACAUUUUAUUCAACUUGACAGUAAACUGUAAUAAAGAUUUUAACUGUACACAUUUUAUAAUUUCUUGCUAAAUAACAACUGAGCUGCUUGAUUUGAUUUCCUUGCUUCUGCGUUCACAUCUUAGUCGUUAGUAUUUGUUUGUGGAGGUAGGGAGUAAGAAUAUUUACUUCCUGGUCUGUAAGAGACCGUUUCUGAUCACUCACAUCCACAGCUUGUCAUUUCUAAUCAAACAUGUGAACGGUUGACUGCCGUCGAACCGGUCCGCUUGCAUCCAUCCGUCGAUUAUGAGCAUCAUUUGUCACUUCCUGUCUAGACUCAAAUCAUGUGAUGAACGCAGUCCGACUCAGUUAUUGUUUAGUAACCAAGGUUAUGUAAUCAACCCCAAAUACUACUGUACAUUUCAGGUAACCGAUGCUGUAAAUAAGAUUUGUCUAUUGAGAGUGAGUGUUGCUCAUUGAUUGUAAUGAAUAUGCAAUUCCCAGUAAACUGCUUGUUUUUUUUCAGUUAAUCCGUUA